AUGGAUCCAGAGUUACAGGCUAUUCGCGAAGCACGUCUUGCGGAGAUCAAGAGACAAUCUGGUCAGUCUAAUAGAGACGAUCAAGGAAGCAGACCAGCUGGAGAUUCCAUUGCUGCAUUUUUGGAAUCAGAGGCCUCUGAACGGCUUUCACGAGUAUCUUUGGUGCGACCAGAUCGGGCACAUGCCGUCGAAGGUUAUAUACAGCAACUCGCCUCGAGAGGUCAAAUUACACAUAAGAUUACUGAGCACGAGAUUGUAGAGAUUCUGAAUGGGAUAGCUCGUGACGAGAAACGCAAGAAUGACACCAAAAUCAUCUUCGAUCGUCGUGAAACUGCAGCUGACUUGAGUAAUGGCGAAGAUUCCGAAGACGAUUUCUUUGAUUGA